GACAUAGAGUGUCUGAUGUCAGAGGGUAACAAGUCUCGUACAGUAGCAGCCACGAAUAUGAACGAGGAGAGCAGCAGGUCCCAUGCCGUCUUCAACAUCAUCCUCACACACACUCUAAUGGACCUGGGUUCUGGGACCAGUGGGGAGAAGGUCAGUAAGCUGAGUCUGGUGGAUCUGGCCGGCAGUGAGAGAGCUGCUAAGAGUGGAGCUACUGGAGAGAGGAUGAAGGAAGGAAGCAACAUCAACAAGUCUCUAAGCACACUGGGCUUGGUGAUCUCAGCGCUGGCAGACCAAGGAGCAGGGAAGAACAAGACCAAGUUUGUUCCCUACAGAGACUCAGUUCUGACCUGGCUACUGAAGGACAGUCUGGGUGGUAACAGUAGGACAGCCAUGGUGGCCACGGUGAGUCCAGCAGGUGAUAACUACGACGAGACGUUGUCCACGCUGCGCUACGCUGACCGGGCUAAGAGCAUCGUCAGCCACGCCGUCGUCAGCGAGACCCCAACGCCCACGCAUCAUCAGAGAGCUACGGGAGGAGGUGGAGAAACUACGAGACCAGCUCACUGA